UGUAUCUGUUAAAACGCUCACAAAUCCCAUUCCUCCUGUCUCCUCCCGUCCUCCGCCUCGAGACGCCCGUCUCCUCAUCGCUUUGCCCCCCACGAAGCAAUUCUAAAUCCUCGCGCAGAAGAUCGGAUCCUCUCGUGGGAUCCGCAUCGGUGCUUGCCCUCCCUGCUCGGAUUUCUGGCAGCCCUUUCCUUCCCCCCUGAAUUCCUGUGCGGUUUCCCUCCCCUGCCCCGGCGGUUUCUCCUGUUGCCUGUUGGGAUCUUGGGAGGAGGAGGAAGGGGUUGGUGGGGGUGUGGAAGGCGCCCGCGAUCCGGCCCGUGGAGAUGGCCGGCGGGAAGGAGCCGAUCGAGGUGAAGUUCCGGCUGUUCGACGGCACCGACAUCGGGCCCAGCAAGUACGACCCCAACACCACCGUCACCGCGCUCAAGGAGUUCGUCCUCGCCCGGUGGCCGCAGGAUAAAGAAAUAGUUCCAAAAACUGUCAAUGAUGUGAAGCUCAUCAAUGCUGGAAGGAUACUGGAGAAUAGCAAAACUCUUGCUGAAUCUCGAGUCCCAGUUGGAGAAGUUCCUGGAAGUGUGAUUACGAUGCAUGUUGUUGUGCGGCCUCCCCAAUCUAACAAAAGUGAGAAGCAACAGUCAAACUCCCCGAAGCCGAACAGAUGUGGAUGCACGAUAUUGUGACGUUGAUGCAAGUAGCAAUGUGUAUAUCGGUGUCCACAGGGAUCACAAGUUCAUUUAACAAUUGAUUCUUGCAUCUAUUCUUCACAGCCUAAGUGUAGAGAUGGUGUUACGGCGAAUCACAUCUGUUUGAGAAUUUGAUGCUUGCGAUCGUAUGUUUGAGUGUGCAGGAAGGAUAGUUCACGGGGUCCUGGUAAAACCCUUAAAAACGGUGUGGAGGAGUCAAGGAAUUGGAUGUUUGCUAUUGUGUAAUGUGUAGAGAUAGUGAUACCAGAAGUGAGUUGCUGCAUAGUACAUCGGAGACAAUUCUUUUUCGUAGCUCGAUUGCGUAUAUCGGUAUAUGUCUUUUGUAAUAGAAAAAAGAUGACUGGCUGUUCUUGUUAUAAAGUGGUACGGAAUACUGCUGGAAGUUUGGCAUGGGACGAUGAAAGUGAAUAUUGACCAGUAAUAUAAUGCACUAAUAUUCUCUCUGUUUUAAA